UUCUUGAAAAUCACGUCUCAUCAAGUUGUGCUCGUUAAAGUAGCGAACUCACCAAUUAAUCGACGUUAGUCAGCGAUUGUUCAUCAAGGCGGAUCGUAGCGCAAACUCUUAAAAAUAGAAUUCGACGACAAUGAAAAAAGAAAGCUUAAUUGCAUUGACCAUUUUCAUGGCAGUCUGGGUCGGCACGCACGUCGAAGCUUCAAACACACAAGUGAGUUCAAUUUCAGAAAAGACCCGGACCUCCUGGAACCAAACUUUUACGUUAGACGAGGCGUAUAAAAAGUGCGCCGAAUAUCUGAGAACGACACUCGCCGAAUUUCUGCAGAAAGUCAAUAAAACAGCCAACAAUGACGGCACUCAAAAUAUGGGGCAGAAAGUUGAGGACGAGUUGAAUAAGCAUAUUCACGCUCUGAUGGGAAAAUGCGAUCCUACUACUCUAAGAGUUUCUCAGUUUGUUUCUACGAAGGUUGAACCAAGGGAGAGAAGCCUGAGAGUUGAGCAACUAGUGAUCCAGAAAAUACAAUUAACGCCCAAUCUGAGAAAGGUAGGCAGCACUGACAACGUUCCAAUGAAUUGUACCAACACGGGGGUACAGACGGGGGUAACAACAAAGCCACUCUUGGCUAUGAGAACAUUGUCGAGUAAAGAAUGCACGGAAAGUUUGGCAGACUUGGUUGAUGAAUGGUUAAACCAGAAAUAUCAAUUGGACGAGAACGCCAUCCUAAUUGAAGACUUGCAAAAGGAGUUGGCCGCGUGCAAAGCUAAUUUCACUACCGUUCACGGUACGGACGUGAAGAAAAUUGGAGACGAGGAGAAAGAAAUUGAUCAACUUAAAAAAUCCCUCGCCGACAAGGACGCAGAAAUCGCUCGAUUGAAAUCUGAAAAAUUGACAGCAGAUCAAAACAACCAGAAACUCGUUGCAGAAAAGAUCGAAUAUGAAAACCAAGUUAAGAAUCUUAAAGAACAAGUUCAGAUGCUCGAAAUGAAUGCAACAAAACUCAUCGACAAAACUCUUUGCGAAGCGCAGACAACGCAACAAGAACAAAAUUUGACCAUAAAAUGCGACGAAGAAAAAAAGAUUAUCGCUGCUGAAUGUGCCAACAAAGUAGAACAACUCAAAAAUGAAAUGUCAGUGCUGACAAGCCAAAAGGAAGCUGAAGCCAAACGAUACGCGGAUGAAAUCAAAGCGUUAACUACGAUAUCGAAUUUUGUCAACAAGACCAUUUACGAAGACCUCAAACGUCAAUCGAGCCUGUCUGCCAACAGCGUGACAAUCAAUAAUCUACAAACGUCAUUUGAAAAUGAAAAGAAUUCUACAGCUACUCUUGCAACACAAUUGCAACAGUGCAAUCAGAAAACAACUGAAUGUGUGACAAAUGCCAGCCAGAAAGAACAGGAAUGGGCUAAAAAAGAAGCUGAACUACAAGAUGAAAAGAAAAAAUGUGAAAAUGAAAAGGCUAGCCAGAAUAUUAUGAUUGAAAAUCUUAAAAUACAGCAACAGCAAGUGAAUGAGUCCUUUUCAGCCACGCAGUCUGCCAACAGCCAGACCAUCAAUAAUCUACAAACUUCACUUGCGAAUGAAAAGAAUUCUGCAAAUGCUCUUGCAGCACAAUUGCAACAAUGCAAUCAAAAGACAGCUGAUUGUUCAACAAAUGCCAGCCAGAAAGAACAAGAAUGGCUUAAAAAAGAAAUUGAACUACAGGGUGAAAAGAAAAAGUGUGAAGACGAAAAGGCCAGCCAAAAGAUGACUAUUGAUAAUCUCAUAAUUCAGCAGCAGCAAUUGAAUGAAUCUUGUUCCGCAAGCCAAUCUGCCAACAUCUUAACAAUCGAUAACCUACAAACGUCACUUGCUAGUGAACAGAAUUCCGCAGCUUCUCUUCGAACACAAUUGCAACAAUGCAAUCAAAAAAUGACUGAAUGCAUUGCAAAUGUUGGCCAGAAGGAGCAAGAAUUGACUAGAAAAGAAACUGAACUACAGGAUGAAAAGAAAAAGUGUGACGAUAAAAUAAAUAAUUUCCAAAUAACCAUUCAACAAGGCGACGCACAACACGCGAACGAAUUAAAGAUAUGCCAAGAUAGCGUUGCUGCUUCUAAAACGGAAACAUCAAAACUUGAGGCUGUUACUACCGAGAAAAACCAACAAAUACAAGCUUGUAUCGGCGAAAACGGUAAACUGACAUCUGAAUUAGCAUCAGCAAACAUUGGUUUGAAAACAUUGAAUGAAAGCGCAACUAGUCUUACAGUUAUGAAAGAACAAUACGAAAAAGUAGCAAAUGCCUGCCAUCAAGACACUGCUGUGCUAAUGCGAGCAAUAGGAAGACGUAACCAGAAAUUUCUCACGUACGUAAAACUCAUUGAAAGCGACUCUUUCAUGUCAAUCGUUGGGCUUUCAGAGAAAGCACAAAACGACUUGAACAUUGCAAUUAAGCUCCUGUUCGACACCAACCCACUUCACUGCAGCCAGAAUAGCACUUACAUUAACUGA